CGCCAUAAUUCAAAACAUUUUUUUUCUACCACAGAAGAAGAGGAAAAAAACAAGUGCAUACUUUGUGCAUCUAGACGGUCGGUUUCGAACGAAUUUGUUGCAGUUUGUGAGAAAAUGGACCCGACCUCCCAAUUCUUCUCUAAACUUCGGAAACUGGCGGUGGGUCUGGAAUCAGAAACUGUCAGGCUACAGCGCUUAUAUGAGAAACGUCACAACGAACCCGACGACGAAACCAUAAUCAGGGCCACGCGGGCGUAUCACGAGCUGAACAGUGAAGUCGGGGGACUUAAGGUGCAGAUCCAGGAUACCCUGGCUCAGCAGAAAGCCAAAAUAAGCAAGGUGGAUGACUUUAUCAAGGCCUGUGGAGUGCUGGAACAGAGGGUCACUAAAGACAUUCAGGUUGUUAGGGAACACCUGGAAAAAUACGGCUAUCAAGCUCCAUGCAACACCCAGAGAACUUCGAAGCCAAAUGAUCAAGGGACCAAGUCAGAAAAUGAAGCUGUUGAACCGGAUAAAAGCAGCUCAGUGGUGGGGGAAGGUGGAAACCAGGAUGAUGAUGAAGAAAAUCCCUGUUUAUCCUCUCAGGAAAUGGAGCUGCCUUUCACUGACCUGAUGCGAACCCCUCAGCUAUCUGAUUUUGGUUUGUCCGAGAUGCAGCUGAAGAGAGCUCUCGCUGGGACAGAGUGGUGCUCGGAAGUUCCAUCUAUGCCAGAAAUGAGCCUCCCACAACCCUCGCUUGACAUGCCUGCACCGCCCCCCAUACCCAUAACCCCUAAGUGUGCCCUGAGGAUGGAAGACGCAGAGCUCCAAACACCUCAAAUGCAUGAGUUUGGCAUCACAGAGAGAACCAUGUGUCUGAACAAUGACUUCACUAUGGAUUUGUUUCGCAAAAAUGCUUCAAAACCCAACAAGACACCUGAAGAAAUGCCUGCACUGGAAAGCCUGAAGAGUAAAGCUGACAUCCUGAAGUCUCCUGAACCACCACUUCUUUGUACCCCGGGGUUCAAGAUAAAAAAGAAAAACAAUCCGUGCCCCCUAAAGCUGGACGGCAACAGCGACCCGGGGUCCCCUGAUCCUCCUGCUAACCUGGCCACCACCCCCGAAGUUCCAGCCUUUCAAACUCCGUAUGUGAACCGACUGGUCAGCUCUAAGAAGAUCGCCCCACAGCCUGAGGAAGUCGACAUGGAAACAGACGAGGAAAGCCACAUCUUUAAACCUCAGCUUUCUCACUGUAACAGAGCGGCUGGCUCCAAACGCACCUGGGACUACAAUGCAGCGGACACUGUUGCAUUUGGUGUUGAAGAAAGACAGAUGCCGGAGAUGCCCAACCUGGAGUCAGAUUUAGGAAAUUCUUUGCAAUGUAGAAAUGGCAAACUAAGUAAAGCAAAAAAAGCCUCAAGGGGCCCUGCUGUCAGCAGCCUGGAAGCAGACGGACCCACUCAGGAGUUCAGCUUGGGGACCCCUCGCAUCAGAAACAACUUUGUGGAGCCCAGCACCCCUGAGAUGCCAGACCUUAGCUCUGUUACACAGGACAUUUGCAAAAUGGUGUCCCAGGCUCAGAAAAAAAAAACUGCUGCCACACAACCACAUGUCAGCUCUCUCCGGCGUGCUGAAAGUCUGUCUGUGGUGUCGCAGAGCGAGUUCCAAACUUUACCUGGCUACCUGAGGCGGAUGACUCUCAGCAACCUCAACCAGGCAGUCAGCAACAUCAACAGAUUCACAGAGCAGAGUCGAGGUGAAAUAGAAGAGUUGACAACGGAGGAGCUUAAGAGGAUUAUUGCUGUUGGAGCUAUGGCCCCUGUUUACAUCCUCUGCCUGCAGGAGCUCAAAAGGGUAAAGCAGGUGGAUGGACUCAUCGACAAUCUUGUUUACAAACUGAUAACUAACUAAUAAUCUAACAAUGAUCCAAAUUGAAUUUGAUCUAAACGGUGAAUGUUUAUUAUAUUUAGUCUCAUUUUCAUCCUGCUAAUGUUUUUGCUGCAAGAUGAGUUUUUAAUUAUUUGUUGUACACAGAAAACUUGUUUAGUAGAUGUGGAGGUUUUUGAUAUAUAGUUUGUAAAUACUGUAGAGGGAUUAACUUAAAAUUGUGCAAUUCAAUACAUAUUGUGUAAUAAAAUGCAAUAUCUUGUG